AUGGUUGAUGGGUUAUUUCUAAUGAUUAGUCCUCCGAAAUCACCACGUUGUGUGAAAGAAAAUCAGAUUAAAAGAUUGAUAGCAUUAGAAGGAGAUCUGAUCAAGACCAAAGGUUAUAAAAAAACACAUAUUCGAAUACCAAAAGGACAUUGCUGGGUUGAAGGAGAAAACAGAAAAUAUAGUAUUGAUAGCAACUCAUAUGGCCCAGUGCCUAUAGCAUUGCUGUUUGGAAAGGCAUCACAUAUUAUAUGGCCACUUGAUCGUUGGAAAACACUGGAAAAACAGUUUGAUCCUAGUCGAAUAUUAACAGUUAAUGAAUAUGAAAAAGCUGACAAAUCUAAUGAGGAAAGUGACUGUGAUGUGUUAAGAAUAUUAGACUGAAUACUAGUAGUGAUUAAGAUACAUUCUGUGCAACAAAAAUUCUGAAUAGACAUGAACUCUAAAUUUUAAAAAAACUAAUGGAUACAAUACUUAUGAUAGUGAUCCAAGAAUACUUUCUCUACUUUAGUUAGUGCUUUUAUGAAUAAAAGAAAAUAUUUCUUUGAACAGCACCCUUGAGUCUCAAACUUGCCUGAUAACUGAUUAUGCUGAAGACUGGGCUAGUUUGUUUUUAAAUAUUUUAAUUUUAAACAAAGCUGCUAGUUGGCAUAUGUUAAGUAGCAUUGCAAACUAACUUUAAAUGGCAAAGAUGUUAGUAUAUUUGAGUGUCAAAUCACCAUUAGACAGUUCAUUAUCUUUUUAUAGGGUUAUGAGGGUUGUAUUCAACCUUGAACUAUUCAGAGUCAGUCUUUACAUUUAUUUGUAAACAAACACAAAAAAGGGCUUUUUGAUGAAAAUGAUGAAUUUAUGAAUACAAAUUAGUUAUGUUAUAUAAUAUGGCCUCAGAAGAAUAAUAAAUCAUGACUUAUUUUAUAUAGAUACUGCCAAAUAUUGCUUAAAAAGAGAAAAGUUAAAAAUUAAAAUUUACAUUCUACUAUAAUAUUACUGUUGAAGGUGAGAAGAUAGUGGAUUUGUUAGAUGUAGAUUUUUUAAACAAAUUUCCUAUUUACAUUUAAGGAAAGAUAAUGUUUUUAUUGUAAAUAUAAUAUUGAAUCAAAUUUUCAACAACAUAGUUGGCAAAUCAAAAAUUGUGCAUAAGAUAAAUAUGUCAAACACAAACAUAUAUUUGAAUGUGAUUUUAAGAGAACUCCCAAACCAAAGAAUUCUAAUAUUGUGACGAACUGUAAUGAAGAUUUAUUAUUAUUAUAUUGAAUGAAAUAAAAAUUGAGAG